GUCUAUGCUACAGAAGAAAUGAUUUGACGUGUUUAACGCUGCACUUUUUACCGACGAUCGUCUGCUCUUGCGUCACAUCUGUUCUGCUGUAUAGAAACAUUUGCGUGCUGACAGCUACCAUUAAAUGCAUCUCUGAAUAUAAUAUCGUGAACUCAUAGUAACCGGAAUAGUGACCCGGCAAUUUUCAAAAUAAUAUUUUGAAAAGCUCUUUUAACUAAAGAAUGCAUAUAUAUUCAAAACGAAAGCAGUAGAGAAAGACAGACAGGCGGCCUAACCAAUCAAAAGUCAGAAAGAGGGUGGGGCUCUUGUGAAAUGUUGGCUACUCUAGUGUUUUGUUUGUCGCUGAUCAUAAAGAGGAGUUGUUAUAAUCAGCACCGUUGUUUAUGGAAGCUGUGUUGGCUUUUACAUAUUUUUGUCUUUACACAUUUUUAAAAAAAUAUAUCAUCAAGUAGGCAAUGCAUUGGUUUUCCAUUCAGAACACACUGAAUGAAUCCUAAUAUGCUUCCACUAGGACUAUAUCUUAAAUGUAGCCUAAUACACCAGUACUAGGAAAUACUUAGUAAAGUAUUGGGUAUAGUAAUUAGUUUAGUUGUUAUAUUACCACAGCAACUUUAGAAUUACCACAACAAAUUAAUGCAAGUACUUUACUGUAGGAUGGUUUAAAAACACUAUAGUAUUUACUAUAAAUUACUAUAGUAUUUUAUGUCUUAAUCAUAAAAGUGCUUAUAUGAAAUCUACCUGCUUUGAAAUGAUUUUAUAUGUUAUUUUUAUGUCUUGUGUUGUUGUAGUGGAGUGCUAAGCAUAAAAAUCUAAUAGUUUAACCAAAUAGGGGAUAGUUCACACAAAAUUAAAAUUCUGUCAUCAUUUAGUUACACUUAUGUAAUUCCAGACCUGACCUUCUUUCUUCUGAGGAACAAAGAAGAUAAUUUAAAGAAUUUUGUAGGAUAGCAUAUCCUGAAUUCUUCAACCCCCGUCAGUGACUGCUCUUAAAAUGGCAACAGUCAAAGGGAAAACACGGAGAAGAGAGAGUUUAGACAAUCCACCUAACUUGAGCAUUGAAUCCCCGUUGAGGAUGCUGGUCUUUGGCUGCUCAAGUCGUGAUCAGAUCGCGCUGACGCAGUCUGUGUUGGGGCCAGACGUCUUGAGAGAUGAAGUCAAUAUUUCAGCCACCAAGAAAAGUUCAGGCGUUGUGCAGGGGAGAAACAUAACCCUGGUCAACACUCCAAAUCUUCAGGAUAAUGACUUGCCAGACAGUGUGCUUCAAAAGGAGCUCAAGAAGGCAGUUUGUUUUUCUUGUCCAGGUCCUCAUGCUGUAGUGUUUGUUUUAGACCCUUUUCAUUUGACCUCUGACACUAUGGACAUACUGAAGCCUGUGGUCCACUACUUUGGAGAAAGUGUCUUGAAGCACACAUUGAUUGUUUUAUACCAUGAGAGAGGUCUGAAAACCCUGUCCAUAGAGGACGAAGUUAAGAAGAACAAGAGCUUUAGAGAGCUUGCUGAGAAAUGUGGCCAGAACUACCUGUUCUUCGAUGAAGAAAUGAACCGGACCGAAGGCAGCCAGACACAAGCAUUGCUUGCCAAGGUAGAUGAGAUGGUCUCGGAACAGGGAAUGUAUUCAAAUGUGGAAUUUAAGGAUGCAGAAAAAAGAAUUCAGAAAGAGGAGCGUUUCAUCAGAAAAUCAAAGGAGAAGGAGAUCAGGGAGACGGUGAAGAUGCUGGAGAAUGAACAUUCAGGGGAGGCGCUUGCCAGUGAGAUUGUGAAGUAUGAUGAAAAGGUACAGUUGGAGUGCAGAGAGAAAGCAGAGCUGGCUGUCGCAGACAAGCUUGGCUUCACGCUCAGAGUUGUCGAUUAUGCUGUUGCAGUUGGAAAAGGAGCAUUUGUAGGUGCACUUCUUGGAUUUGCGAUUGGAUAUGACGCUAUGGCAGUAGGAGCUGCUAUUGGUGCUGCUCUUGGUGGUGUACUUGGAGGUGCUGCUAAUGCAGCAAGGAGCUACAUUUCCAAAUCCUUCGCAGAUGCCCACAAAGGGAAUGCUUAGUGCAUAGUGUCAGCCUCUGACACCGCUGGACCUGCUGCAGUCUUUAUAGGGCUUUUCACACUGGGCUUAAAGGAUUAGUCCACUUUCAAAUAAAAUUUUCCUGAUAAUUUACUCACCCCAAUGUCAUCCAAGAUGUUCAUGUCCUUCUUUCUUCAG